GGCUUGAACCUACGACCUAAGCCACAAAUCCUUCACCUUUUGCCACUCAAGCUAGGCCUUGGGGGCGAGAAGGAAGAUUUUUGGUAGACUAAAGAAGUAAUUUUUGCUUACGGUAGCAGUCUGUGGAGGUUAAUCAAAAACUUACGGCAUAUUUUCUUUGAAAGAACAAGCUUUAAUGUAAAUAGUGAAAGGAAGAUCAUGUUCUGGGAAAAUGAUUUGAUAGGAGAUGGCAGUCUCAAGCAACUUUUUCCGGAUAUUUUUCUACUAAAUCAGCAACAAAAGUCUACUCUGCAAAAAAUAUGGACUCCUCAAGGGUGAAACCUGACAUAUAGAAGACUGAUGCAAGGCUGGGAGGUGGAAAGACUGGCGGAAUUUUAUGGCACCUUAGAUCAGUAUACAGGACCAAAGGAAGGAGAAGAUACUCCUGGAUGGAAAUGCCAUAACAAAGGCUUUUUCAUAGUUAGCUCUGCUUAUAAGAAUUUGAAUAAAAUGCGGUCUCGAAUCAGUUUCUUACCGAGGAAGCUUAUAUGGAAAGUGAAAAUUCCUUACAAAGUGGUAGCCUUCGCUUGGAUGGUAGUGAAAGAGGCUGCUCUAACUCAAGAAAACCUCAUGAAGAGGGGCAUACAAUGUGUCCAAGAUGCUAUUUUUGUGAGCAAAAGGCAGAGACAAUCAACCAUCUGUAUCUACACUGUGAAGUGGUUAGCCAACUAUGGAACCUGUUUACUAGUUUCAGAGGCAUAAGGUGAACUAUGCCUGAAAGGGCAGAGCAGGCUCUAGUAAGCUAGAACAAUGAGAUGGAGUGGUGGCAUAGACAAAAACAUAUGGAGAAUUGUCCUAAUAGUGAUAUGGUGGACCAUUUGGAAGGAGAGAAAUUCAAGAUGUUUUGAAAGUGAAAUGAAUUGUUUGAUCACUUUUUGCUAUUGGUAUUGUUUGGAGUAUAUAGAUGAUCCUAUAGCAGCUGUAGACAUCUUAGGAUCCUUGUAAGAUGAAACAAGACCUAGAGAUAGGUUUUCUUUUUUGGAUUGUUGAGCCUACUCAUUUGUAUGUAGCUCUGUGAUGUAAAUUCUUGGGAUCCUAGCCUUAGUGUUGAAGAUUUAUAUACAAAAUUGUUACCUUUGUCAAAAAAAGUAUUUUAUCCCGGGAUAACUAAUCCUGAUACUAUUAUUCCACUUUCUAACAGGAACAACUAUUCAAAUUAUUGGUUUUAAAAUAAAAUAAAAGGAAAGAGCGUAUCAACAUUUAAUUUAGUAUCCCUUUAAUUGUUUUUCUUAGAUUCUUAUUUGUUCACAAAUCUUUUUGGUCAAAUUUGUUGGAAAAUUGCCCCAUAUAUAUAGUACAUUUAAAUUAUUAAUCUCUGAUAGAAAACUCAUUUAAAAAUAAUAAUUCAUUGUUCUAUGUGGUACUUAAAGAAAAGUUUAUUGAUGUGACGUUGUAACACGUGUAAGUACAUAAGUAAGAAGGUGGUUACUUUCUUUAGUAUUUGCUUUGGUAUAAGGAAAGUAAAAAAGAAAAAACAUGUUAGGCAUACUACAAAGAAGGUAAAAACUGCACUUGAUGUUUACACCUAAUUAAGUAAUACAAGAUAUGUGUCUUGUAUUCAAUAAUGGUUUCGGUUUAGGAAAAUAUCAAUAGAUUUUGGUAGCUUCAACAAGUUGGGAUGUAGAAGUGAAAAUAUUACAAAUAUGUACAAUUUAUUUUUUAGCACAAUUUAAUGAAGAGAAACUUGAUGUUGGAUACCCGCAUUGGAGGAUGACUAUAUCCGGAUCGUGCUUGCUGGGCCCGGCCCAUUUUCGUCACUUUUGAAUAUAUAUACCGUGAAAAAGUGCUCACAAGCAAUUUUAUUUGUGAGGUAAACCCUAAAGAAGCUUCUACUCACUCAUUGGGGUUUUUCCCUGAGGUGCUUACUAUCUGCUAGAAGAACAUUUGGCCAGAAUAUGAAGAGGGGAUAUGAAGGGGAAAGUAUUCCGUCGCAAUCUUUGGCACGGCAAGAUAAGCGCGUACAACAAAUGAACUCGCAUGAGAAUGGGAAGACUUACUCAAUGAAAAUGCUGCCAAAAGGCACAACUUCUACUCCUGCUAAUGAAGACAAGACUAGAGCAGAGAAUCAGGUUGCUUCUGAUGAUGCACCAAUCUCCACUUUUGACAAAGAGGGUGUGGAAGGCACAAUUUCCCCAUCAUUAGCUAAUACCAGAAGCAAGACAUCUGAUGCUGUUGAAACACCCGACUGCCCUAUAAAAGUUGAAAAUCUUGAAGACUUCUUUGCUCGAGUUAGUGGACAAAUUAAACGAGCUCAAUCUCUUGGUUUUUCUGCUGAUCAAUCUUCUAAUGACAAGAUAUCCGCCACGCAGAAGCCUACACCAUCGGCGGAGAUGCUUGCCACAGCGAAAGGUGAUAUUGAGAGAGUACUAAAUAUGCCUUCUGAAAACAUGCUUCUACCAGAAAACUGUUUAGCAUUAAGUGCAGCACUAUCAAUAUAUGCUGCAGCACCAGAUGUAUCAGCUGAGAGAGCGCUUGCCUUGGAGAAACUCAAAGAGAACCUUCCGCACUUUUCCUUGACGUUGCGUAGAGUUAUGAAGGACAAAGAGGAGUAUUUUAGCAAGGCUGCCAAGAAAACGCGCCUCGUUGACGAGCUCAUAAAAGAUCAGGAACUCUAUACUGACCUAAAAGACUGCAGGGGCACGCUUGACAUCCAAAUCAGCAAGCUGGUGGCAAAAAUGAAGGAUGCACAGACAAAGAUCAAAGCAAUCGAGGAGCAAAAACUGAGUUUGGCGAAGAGGUGCUUUAAGAAGUCUAGUGUUCUUGAUAAAGUGGAAGCUGAGUUUCAAUCCCUGAAGGAGUUGAAGGAGCUAGCUGAUUCAGAUGCUGCUCGAGUGGAAGAAAACUUGAAAUACUUCAAGAGUAAGAUAAUCUGAGUGAUUGCUUGCAUAAACCAUUCUUUAAGAGCAUGUAAUAUUACAUGCCAAGUUAGUCCAAACAUGUAUCUGUGGAAGCAGAAGUGUACAAGUUAUGGUUUCUUGUGAACUUGUGGAUUUUCUGAACAUAUUGUUAGCAACUUUGUUGUUAGUGUUCCUUUCUUUCAGAAUGCUAUCUAAUGUUUUCCCUAAUAUUUGUCAUGAA